UACCAACGAAAACAUACUAAACGAUUUUAAGAAAAGUGAUAGUUACACAAAUUAAUGGUUAUUUUACGUGUUCUCGAUUUAAAAAAAUUGUAUAGUUUUCACUAAAAAUGGACAUGACUGCUCAUAACUUGGAUGAUAGUAUGGUUGAUAUAAUAGAACGUGCAGAAACAUUGCUUUCAGCCCAUUCUAUAUUAAAUCGAAAUACAUCAUCAACAAGCAAUAUUUUUGAAUCAAGUUCGGAAAAUGUAUCUUUUGAAACAGCCAACAAUUCAUCCAAUCAUAACACUUCAUCUGAGUCUGGAAUCAAUCAACGGUCGCACGAACAAAGAGAAAUGCUAAGCGAUAACGAUUCAUCCGAAACUGUUUCCUAUGAAGUUGGAGUAUUGCAAGAACCUCACAAUGUGCCUCAUUUAGGAGAUGCAGAUGAUUGCAUUGUUGUAGGAUCAGCGCCAGCGAUAGAAAUUCCCGUGAUUGAUCUGUGUUCCACAUUGAAUGGAGAAGAAGCCAGUUCUUUACAUAACCGCAGACGACGAAGAAGACUAGCUUCUACAGCUCCAAUAAUUGAAUCUAUAAAUCUUGACGAUAGUAUUACCUCGACGCCACCAGAAUUUCAAAAUCCAAAGAAAGAUUUAGAUGCAAGCUCUAUGCAAACAACAAAACGAACAAAGGAGUUAGAUGGUUCAAUAUCUGAAGCAUUACCAUGUUCUGUUAACUGCCCCAUUUGUUUUGAGCCUAUAUUCAAGAAAGGUGCAUCCUCAACCAUUUGUGGUCAUUUGUUCUGUUAUUCUUGUAUUACCCACGAGAUAAAGAUGAGAAAAAAAUGUCCAUUGUGCCAACGAAAAUUAACACAAUAUCGAGUGCACCGAAUAUAUUUUUAACUGAGUUUUUAGAAUAAUUAUCCAAUAUUUGAAGUUGACGUGAUUUAAUAAAUAAAAUAAAUAUUUAA